AUGUUGAGCAAGUUGAAACCACUGAAACUGGAAAGAGAGCUCGGAGUAACGGACCUCCCCAGACCUGGCUUGCAGCCGUGGAACGGGGACUUAAACCUGUGCCAGCACCUGCGCCAGAAGAACCACCUGCGCCAGCACCUGCGCCAGCACCUGCGCCAGCACCUGUGCCAGAAGAACCACCUGCGCCAGCACCUGCGCCAGCACCUGCGCCAGCACCUGUGCCAGAAGUACCACCUGCGCCAACACCUGCGCCAACACCUGCGCCAGCUGGCACUGGCACUGGCACUGGCGCUGGCACCAAUACAGGCACUGGCACCAACAAAGACAGUGUCACUGGCGCUGGCACUGGCGCUGGCGCUGGCACUGGCACUGGCGCUGGCACUGGCACUGGCACUGGCGCUGGCACUGGCACUGGCGCUAGCACCAAUACAGGCACUGGCACUGGCACUGGCACUGGCGCUGGCACCUACAAAGACAGUGUCACUGGCGCUGGCACUGGCGCUGGCACCAAUACAGGCACUGGCACCAACAAAGACAGUGUCACUGGCGCUGGCACUGGCGCUGGCGCUGGCACUGGCACUGGCGCUGGCGCUGGCACUGGCACUGGCGCUGGCACUGGCACUGGCGCUAGCACCAAUACAGGCACUGGCACUGGCACUGGCACUGGCGCUGGCACCUACAAAGACAGUGUCACUGGCGCUGGCACUGGCGCUGGCACCAAUACAGGCACUGGCACCAACAAAGACAGUGUCACUGGCGCUGGCACUGGCGCUGGCACUGGCACUGGCGCUAGCACCAAUACAGGCACUGGCACUGGCACCUACAAAGACAGUGUCACUGGCGCUGGCACUGGCACUGGAAUCAGUGUGA